AUGCUGACAUUUAACGAUAACAAAGCUGGAAUGACCGGUCUGGACAAGCAGAAAAUCACAAAAAUCAUCGAAGAGAACACGUCUGGCUCGUAUUCUUCAUUCUCCAAGAAACAACAACAACGAAUUGAUGAAAAAGUAUCGGAAAUCAAGAAUCGAUUGGAAUCAGCGACGAGGGAAGAGAGACAAGGUGCUGAGCUCUUUAUGAAAAACCUAGAAAACAAGCUGGAAGCUGGAAGAGAUUUGAGUCGAGACUGUGUUUGUAUAGACAUGGAUGCUUACUUCGCAGCGGUCGAAAUGAGAGAUAAUCCAGCACUUCGGACGGUUCCGAUGGCAGUUGGAUCGUCGGCAAUGCUAAGCACAUCGAACUAUCUCGCCCGUCGAUUUGGUGUCCGCGCCGGAAUGCCAGGAUUCAUUUCGAAAAAGUUGUGUCCAAAUCUCACUCUGGUACCCGGAAAUUACUCGAAAUACUCAAAAGUCAGUCGCCAAUUCUCGGAGAUCUUUAUGGAAUAUGAUGGAGAUGUGGGGAUGAUGUCACUGGAUGAGGCUUAUAUCGAUUUGACUGAUUAUGUGACGAUGAGGACCGAAAAAAGAGUACUAAAACGACAUCGAUACGGCGGAGAUUGUCCCUGUUGGCUGCCACGUGUCACCGACCCUCCGGAUUCUGAAAACAUCGAGAUCGACUCUUCCGAGUGCCCGAAAUGCGCAAAAACUCGAAUAAUCUAUUAUGAUGACGUGGAAUUUGGUGUUGGGCGUGAGGAAAUUGUCAGAGAGAUCAGAUUUCGAGUUGAACAACUCACUGGAUUGACUUGUUCCGCUGGAAUUGCAGCGAAUUUCAUGCUGGCUAAAAUAUGUUCGGAUUUCAAUAAACCGAAUGGGCAGUUUGUAUUGGAGAAUGAUCGGGAGAAGAUUUUGGAGUUUUUGGAAGAGUUGCCAAUUCGAAAGGUUGGUGGAAUCGGUCGGGUCUCUGAAGCGCACCUUCAAUCGAUGGAAAUUCGAACUGUUGGAGAUAUGCUGUUCAAAAAAGCUCUCUUCCCACUGUGCUUCUCCCCAUUGGCUCAAGAAUCGUUUCUCCGUACCGCCCUUGGUCUUCCAGGCCGCCCAUCUUCAUCGGAUCCUCGUCGGAAGAGUAUUUCGGUGGAGCGCACAUUCUCGCCAACAUCAGAUUUCAAAAUUCUCAUUGCCGAGCACGCAGAAAUCUGUAGAAUGUUGGAAGAGGACAUCCGGAAAUCAGGAGUAACAGGAGGAAAAACGAUAACAUUGAAGCUGAAAUUGUCGUCGUUUGAUGUGUUAACACGGUCACUGACACCUUCUGAAGUGGUGACAUCACUCGAUGAUAUACAGAAGUAUUCGAUGGAAUUACUGGAAAGAGAAAGAGGAAAAGAGAUUCGAUUAUUGGGAGUGAGGCUGUCACAGCUGGUGUUUGAGGAGGAGAAGAAGAGUAAAACGAUCACCGACUUCUGGAACGAGAAAAAGCAACAAAUGGCUUCAGAAGACGUCAUGUCUUCAGAUGACAACGAUAUUAUAAUGAUGGACACCCGCCCGUGCCCAAUUUGUGGCGAAGACGUCGAAAGUCAACUAGAAAUUCUGAAUUGCCACGUCGAUGAGUGUAUUCUGAAGAUGGGCGACACCUCGGACGGUCCCGAUUUGAUUUGUGUGACUGUGGAGAAGAAGGCGAAGAAGCCGGAGAUUCAGAAGACGUCGGGAGGGAAGGUUCAAUCGAAAAAGCGGAAAACUCAAGAGCAAAAGACGGUGGCGAAGCGGAAAGUGGCAACAAUUGACUCAUUCUGGAAGAAAAUUUGA